AUGCAGAUCCGCCGGAAUGCGGAGGAGUUGCGAGCAUAUUUGUCCGACUUAAGAGAAUGGGAAGACAGCUUUGCAGAGGCGGAAGUUCCUCAAGUGGAAACAAGUGAGCAGCAACAGCGACACGAAGAAGAAAUAGAAACCGAAGACGCCAAGAAAACCACCCAGCAUCAACAACAUCUCUUGCAGUAUGAGGAUGUGAAACAGCAGCAGCAGCAGCUAGCGAGUGAGAAUCAGGAGGGAGGGCCAUCGUUUUUGGGUGGCUCUACGCCACCGCAAGCGCAGCGGCCUGCAGCAACAGCAACAAGCAACCGAAAGUUGGUACGCGAUUUGAAUCCUCUUGCGGAUUACUACAAGGCCUGGGACGCCUUUAAUCCUGACGACGAGACGGAUAGAGAAGAAGAAAACCGAAGCAGGCAAAAGCCAAAAACAGCAAAAGCAAAGAAAGCUUCUUCUGUAGGCAGUCAGCCUCGUCCUUCCGACUGUUUAAGCCUUAAAGGAACGGCGGAUACACCCGAACGUACUGUUUCCGUUUUGACGGAACAGGCAGACUCAUACGCACAAAAACCGCCUGGGGAAGAUUCAUAG